AUGAUUUUAAGCAUCCAUUGGCCAUUAGUACAAAACUGCAGCGCUUCAUACAUCCUUAAAACGGAUGAAGAUUGUUUUGUAAAUAUUGGAAAUCUCCUCAAUUGGCUUGACAGCUAUCACACAAUAAACGGAACGCAACCGAUAUACGCUGGUCGACGACAGGACCACAUGGCAGUCCGUCGAAACAACCAAAGUCGCUACUCUCUCUCUGAAAAGGAGUUUCCAGAACCGUAUUUUUACCCCUAUGUGUCAGGGGGUGGUUAUGUUUUCAGUGGAAAUUUGUUACCUCUUCUCUUUAACGUUUUGAAGACUGCGCCUUUAUUUCCAAACGAGGACGCAUUGCUCGGUUCUCUAAUGCGCAGAAUCAGUGUUAAACCCACAGACCAAGACAGGUUCCUUCCUUUUGUUUUUUGCCAACGGAACUCCACGGAGGAAUUGAAGCAGGCACAUAUGUGUGCUUUAUCAAAACAUAUAAUAGUGCAUGGCGUAAAAGAGCAGCAGCAAAUUAGAAUGCAUUAUAACAACGCCCUACUAAAUUCCCUUCCUUCCCUUUGCUCCUUGCAAGAUAGUUAUGAGAACAUUCGAGAUUAUUGUGGAUGA